AUGAGCCAAGCGGAUAUGCAAAGGCCUGUUCUAACGUUUGUGUUUGGGGCCAUGUUUGGAGCUUUCAUCACUAGACCUAGCCCCCAAUGUUGCCAUUGUCAUCACGACCAUGAAGGUCGCAAGCAUCCGCCUGGGCUUCUCCAAGCCAUUGACAACAAGAAGAUUGGUUCAAACCAAGGAGUCGAAGUUACAACAAUACCCUCAGCAACUCCAGGCAUGGAAAACUAG